GCUGCUGCUGUAACGCCGUUCCACCUUGAAUGGAAGAGCUAUGAACCUAGACCAUCUGAAAUUGACGCUGACGCAGAUUGGUAAUUUGGUCAAACAUUUAAAUAAGAAAAAUUUUGCCGAAACAACUGAGAAUCUAAAUAAGUUAAUUGAAGAAUUUGGCUUAGAAGCGGAUCGUCAUUGUCUGCGUUGUCUAUUUGCGAGCAUCAGUUUUAAUGACCCAGCAUUAACGUCAACCAACUCACCAUCGACGUCAUCAUUAUCGAACGUUCAACAGCAACAGCUUUUAUUGGCGAAACUUUUACAAAUCCAAUUGGAAUUACAGCUAAACAAGGCAGCGCACAUAUCGAAUAUUUGCUUUGCCAUCGAUAGCUGUUGGAUACAACAGAAGAGUCUUAACAAAUCCACAUUUCCGGUACAUUUUGUAAAUCAACUUGUUCGAAUAACUGGCAUAAAUAAAUUAUGCGAAUGUGUUGUUAGUCUAUCGCUAACACAUUCCUCACAUUCGGAUUUGCGCAUUUGUGCCCGUGACCAACUGCGAAAAGCCUUACCCGAACUUAUCGAAUCCUAUUUGGGGAAGAAUCAGCAAUCGGCUGCUGUUAUUAGUAGUUUACAUGACGCAUCCUUAGAUCUAAUACAACUCCUAUUGACCUGCUUGGAUGUGUAUGUUGCGGAUAAGAAUUUACGCGAACAAUUCUUACAGAAACUAAGGGAGGAAUUUCCCCGCGAACGUGUACCACUAAUUUUAGCUCCAUAUUUGUAUGCUGCUGCACCCAUAUCCUCUAAUCUCGAUAUCAAAUCAGCCGGUGAUGAAUUGGCAGUGUCGUCGUCUUCAUCGUCAUCACUGAACAACCCAACUGCAACAAUCAACAACACCACCAAUGGCUUUAUAUCGGAAGUACCCAUAGAAGAGAUCUAUGAUAAUUUGUGCGAAAACAUAUUUUCCCAACACGAUUACAAUAAUAUUAUGGACACAUCUUGGAUUAAUUUAAUCCUUGAAAUCGGUUAUGAGUUUACUUCGAGUCUUGAAGAGUGUAAAAAUCAUUUACGCAGUGGUGGUUCAACAGCCAAUAAUGUAGGCGGUGGUACGGGAGCAGGGGCUGCUGGCAAUGCCGGCAAUAAUGCCUCUGGUGGUGGUACAGGUGGUCAACAGCGCGAUUUACAGCCUCAAGAUGUGGCCAAGAUCAUUGGCCUCAUGUGUCGUCGGCACACAUCUUUGCUGGAUUGCAAUGUAAAUCUACCGACUGCAGCCAAUUUUUGGCCCCAGCAACAGGGUGGCCAAAACAAUCCCCAACAGCAACAACAGAAUGCCAAUAACAACAACAAUGACAACUCAACCGGUAACACGGAUAAAAGCAACAAUGGCAAUGACAAAAAGGAUAAGCCCACGGUUGGGGGCAAUAACUCGGCCGGAGGUACCGGCAGCACAGAUACCACCCAAGCCUGGAAACCAGAUGUGUUUGUGCAAGCUCUCAAAGAGGUAGUACCCCAAUUGAAUUGGAAGGAGGUGUGCCUGGAACUCGAUCACCCCGAAUUCAUCAUAAAAGAUCGCAUUGGUCUUGAUCUGCUCUUGACCAUAUUCCGUUUGGCCACACAGUCAAAUCUAUUUCCACAUCCAGAAUGCAUUUAUCGUCAUUGGCAAAAUGUCGAGGGUCAGUUCUCAUUGAUAGCUGUGAUGCUAAAGAAUCCCGAUCUCUUUUCCUUCGCCGACUACAUAUUCACGCCCGCUCCCGUGGAAAUGUUGAAAACACCGCCCGACAAUGACAACAAGGAAGUGUGUGCCUGGAAGUCGUUGCAUUUAGUGGAAGUCUUGCUGUACAUAGCUGAACAUGGUCUAUAUGCUCAAGUCCAUGAAUUGUUGAAGUUCCCAGCCCAACAUUGUCCGGAUGUUUUGUUCCUUUCACUGCUGCACAUAAAUCCCCCACUCACAGCCCUCAGGCAGGAACUGUUCAGUCAGCUAAUACCUACAUUUUUGGCAAAUCACAUUAACUCGGGCGUGAUAUUGGCCAGUGCAUGGAAUUCCAAUAACUUUGGCAUGACCCUACGGCCCAUCAUAAUGCAUGCCAUGUCUGAGUGGUAUUUGCGUGGCACAGAAUAUGAUCAGGUGAAAUUGUCAAGGAUUCUGGAUGUAGCACAGGACCUCAAGGCAUUGUCAACGCUCUUGAAUGCCCGAUCAUUCCUCUUUGUCAUCGAUUUGGCAUGUUUGGCUUCGCGUCGUGAAUAUUUGAAACUGGAGAAAUGGUUAAGUGACAAGAUUCGGGAACACGGCGAACCCUUCAUACAGGCUAUGCUGAAAUGCUUGCAAAGGCGUUGUCCCCAAAUUACCAAUGCAAAAAUUCCCGAUGACCAAUUACCUCCCAAACAAGCCCAACUGCCACCGGAGACUGUGAACACCAUGCUGUCUUGCCUGCAGGCCUGCAUUGGCAAUGUACCUCACGAAAUAGCCGAACUGAUCAUGCAAAUGUCUGCAAACUGUUCCAUAAUGGCCAACAAGGCACGCGCCGCCGCUGCUGUACAACAAGGUCCUCUGGUGCAGAAUCAGAGUGCCCUUCGUGGCCAUCGUGGUCUGGAUAUGAGUGCCGCCGGUGUAGGAGGUGUGGGCGGUGUUCCCGGUGGUGUACCGCCACCCUUCUCAGCCAAUUUAAAUGCUCAACAAAUGUUUGGACCCACCAUGGAUACUCUGUCGAAUCUGACUACAAAUAUAGCUGGCCUAAAUUUGGGUGGACCGAAUGGAGCCUUCAAUUUUGGCAAUGUUCUCAACAAUUUAGUUUCCACACCAGGAUCACCAUCACGCCUUAUGAAUCCAGCCGCUGCCAGUCCGUAUCCCAUGAAUCCGAUGCAAAUGCCUGCACCGCCUCCCACAGUGGGUGGCAUUGGGAGAAUGCCACCAGCAGCUCCCCAGCCUACGCCAACACCGCCCAAUCCCACUAAUGCUAUUAUGACCGAUUUUCAAGCACCUGUCUCCAAGGAAAUCGAAGAUGAGGCGAAUUCAUAUUUCCAGCGUAUCUACAACCAUCCACCACAUCCUACCCUGUCCAUAGAUGAGGUGUUGGAUAUUCUGCAACGUUUCAAGGAGUCCAAUAUUCGACGAGAACAAGAAGUCUAUCAAUGCAUGCUGCGCAAUCUAUUCGAGGAAUAUCGUUUCUUUGCCCACUACCCGGAAAAGGAAUUGCAAAUCACCGCCCAGUUAUUUGGCGGUAUUAUCGAGCGUAAUUUGGUGCCCACUUUUGUGGCACUGGGUUUGGCAUUGCGUUGUGUACUCGAUGCUCUGCGUAAGACCGAAGGUUCGAAACUCUACUAUUUUGGUAUUACGGCCUUAGAUCGCUUUAAGACCCGUCUACCAACCUACAACAAAUACUGUGAAUAUAUUCGCUCGAUUCCGCACUUUAAAGACUUCCCUCCACAUUUGAUACAAUAUGUGGAGUAUGGCUUUUUGGGUCAGGAACCACCUCCAGCGAAACUCAUGUUAAUGGGAGCUGGGGCAGCUGGUCAACAACCUCCAGAUUCAAUUUAUCGUAGUAACUCAGUAACAGGAAACAUUGUUACCACACCCACACAACAGAAACCCAUGGUUAUGUCACAUCCAACCCGCAUGAAAUCCAUUGCCACUGCCACAAAUAUCGACACCCUGUUGGUGGCCAAUCAGGAGGAAAAGAUCACCGUACCACCCGAGGCCAUUCAAGAUAAGACUGCCUUCAUAUUCAACAAUCUAAGUCAGCUUAAUAUACCGCAAAAGGUCGAAGAGAUCAAAGAUAUAAUGACCAAGGAAUAUUGGCCCUGGAUGUCACAAUAUUUGGUGCUCAAGAGAGCCUCAAUGGAAUUUAAUUUCCACACGCUUUACUUUAAUUUCCUGGAAGCGUUGAUGAAUCCGGAGAUCAAUAAAUACGUGACCAAAGAAACCAUUCGCAACAUCAAGGUUCUACUACGUUCUGACAAGGGUGUGGUCAAUUUCUCUGACCGCAGUCUGCUUAAAAAUCUUGGCCACUGGCUGGGUAUGAUGACCUUGGCACGCAACAAACCCAUUUUACAAAUUGACUUGGAUUUGAAGUCACUGCUUGCCGAAGCCUACCACAAGGGACAGCAGGAGCUGCUGUACGUCGUGCCGUUUGUGGCCAAAAUCUUGGAAUCCUCAGCCAAGUCGAAGGUUUUCAAAUCACCCAAUCCCUGGACCAUGGCAAUUAUGAAUGUUCUGGGAGAGCUGCAUCAGGAGCCUGAUUUGAAGUUGAAUUUGAAAUUCGAAAUUGAGGUGUUGUGCAAGAGUCUCAACAUCGACUUGAAUAAGCUCAAGCCAGUUAUAUAUCUGAAAGAUCCAGGCCGCUAUGCCAUGAUUGAGAGUCAAAUGGGCCAACCCAAAUCGAAGGCCAUGGAAUCGGGUCCAUCUCAGCAGCAACAACAACAGCAGCAGCAACAGCAACAACAGCCACCACAGCCGCAGCAACCAACACCCACGCCACCUCAUCAGCAUCCCAUGAUGUCGGAGGCCGAUGCUCAAGCAAUGAUGAUGGCCAAUUCAGGUGGACCAGGAGGAGUUGUGCCCGGUGGCAGCAUACCAUCACCCAGCAUUCCUCAAGACCAAGUUGGUCCCAUAAUGAUGCCCGCACCAGAACCACGUUUCUCAUACGUCGACAUCAAUGUUACCAACUUCCAAUUGAUUGCCCAGCAUGUGGUUCUGUCCCCCAACAUUGCUUUCAUUCACGUCAACCCGAACAUCAAGCAUUUGGUCUUAAAUGCCAUUGAGAGAACCAUCACCGAAUGGCUACAGCCUGUAGUUGAUCGGUGUGUUCGCAUUGCCGCCUCCACCACAGAACAAAUUGUACGUAAAGAUUUCGCUCUCGAUCCCGAAGAGCAUCGCAUGCGCACUGCAGCCCAUCAAAUGGUACGCAACUUAGCCGCUGGUAUGGCUAUGAUAACUUGCAAGGAUCAAAUCACGCAAACGCUCAAUAAUAAUCUGCGUAAGGCCUUCAUGACAACUCUGCCCGGUCCACCUUCAUUCCAAGAAAUCGAGGGUGCCUCCAUUCAGCUGACCAACGACAAUGUUGAGUUGGCCUGUGCUUUCAUACAGAAGACGGCUGCGGAAAAAUCAACUCCCGAAGUUGAUAGACGUUUGGCUGCCGACUUCGAGACACGUAAGAUGGCCCGUGAAGAAAACAGCCGUUACUUCGAUGCACAAACAUUAGCCUAUCAAUCCGAACGAUUACCCGAGCAGGUUCGUUUGAAAAUGGGCGGUGUGCCACCAAAUCAGUUUGCUGUUUAUGCCGAGUUUGCUCGCAAUAUCCCAGGCUUCCAGAUAAUGAGCGAUCGUGAUAUAGCGUUGUUCCUGCCGAAACCACAGGAAAUGCCACCCACCUUCCCGACCGAUGAAAUGGGUCUGAUGUAUGCCGAAUUGGCCAGCAAAAUGGAGGCAUUCCUCAAUAGCUGUGUCAGUAACAACAAUUUGCAGCUACAAGCAGGCAAAAUGCAUGCCCUACUCAAUGCUCUGAUGGUCACACGUCGCAUUCGUGACCACGAUUCAGCCAUUAAUCUGUUGACACGCUGUGUCGAGGGUUUCGUGGAGGGUCUAAUCAACAUACCCGAACAUGUCGAACAAAUGAAACUAUAUCGCGAUAUCCAUUUGCGUAUUUUAACUCUGCUGCAAAAUACAUUUGGUGCCCCAGCAACGGAGCGGGCCAUUACCAAGUGUAUCUUUGAUAUCCGCGAAGAGGCACGUUACAAUGUGGAGGCCAUUAAAUUGCUGAUCACUUCACAUUUCAUAAAUGUGCCACAGUUCGAUAUGCUGUUGCGUGAAUCGAUGGACAAUGGUAAUAACUUUUUGGCUGUUACCUUUGCCAUUACGCUUAUGGAACGUCUGCUAACCGAUGAACGUUCCACAUCGAUUAUUGCUGAGACGGAAUUAUUGGUUACCAUUGAAAUGUUGAGCCGAUUGACACAACAUCGCCACCGCUAUCCUGAGGCCUUGUCGCACCUGAUUGAUAUGCUUUUCGGCAGUAGCAAUACCAUGGAUGCUGGAACAUUUGGUGCUGUAACCGAUCGUUAUUUGGCCGGGGCAACACAGUACAUACACUCGGGAAUGCAACAUGUAAGGUCAAAUGAUUGUGAUGAUCCACCAGGUUUGCAGGAGAAAACAGAAUUCCUACUCAAGGAUUGGGUCUCCAUCUAUUCACAGUCGCACAAUUUGUCACGUGAGACCAAGAACUUCGGUUCAUUUGUACAGAAAAUGAACAUGUAUGGUAUACUGAAGACCGACGACCUCAUUACACGGUUCUUCCGCCAGGCCACACAAUUCUGUAUGGACUUGGUAUACCGCAUAUUGAACGAUCCAACCCACACUCCAGUGCAGGCGAAAACUAAGAUUUUCCAUUGGAUUGAUGCCUUUGUCCAUUUGAUUGCUUUGCUGGUACGUCAUUCGGGCGAGUCCGGCAAUCCCACCACCAAAAUCAAUCUGCUGAACAAAGUGUUGGGCAUUGUCCUGGGCAUUCUGUUGCAAGAUCAAGAAGUCCAUUGCAGUUCAUUCCAACAGUUGGGAUAUCAUCGCUUUUUCGUUAUGCUAUUCCUUGAGCUGAGCUCACCCGAUGCUGUUUUGGAAUCUCUUAUGCACAGUAUUGUAACAGCCUUCUCACACACCUAUCAUCUCCUGAAUCCCGCCUUGGCGCCCGGCUUCUGUUACGCCUGGUUGGAGUUGAUAUCACAUCGUAUCUUUAUCGGACGUAUCCUGGCACAAAUACCCCAACAAAAGGGUUGGCCACUCUAUGCCCAGUUACUCUUGGACUUGUUCAAGUAUCUGGCACCAUUCCUGCGGAAUGCCGAACUAGCGAAGCCAGUACAGUUAUUGUAUAAAGGAACGCUGCGGGUUCUGCUCGUGUUAUUGCACGAUUUCCCUGAAUUUUUGUGUGACUAUCACUUUGGCUUCUGUGAUGCCAUACCACCAAAUUGUAUACAAAUGCGCAACAUCAUAUUGGCAGCUUUUCCACGUAAUAUGCGAUUGCCAGAUCCAUUUACACCCAAUUUGAAGGUUGAUAUGUUGGCUGAAACAGCCACAGCUCCAAAGAUCUGUUCGAAUUAUGUGAUGAACAUUCAGCCGGCCAAUUUCAAAAAGGAUCUUGAUUCAUAUUUGAAGGCUCGAGCACCGGUGACUUUCCUAUCGGAAUUGCGUAGCCAUUUGCAGAUAUCCAAUGAGCCGGGUUCACGGUAUAAUAUACCGCUUAUGAAUGCUUUGGUCUUGUAUGUGGGUACACAGGCUAUUGCCCAUAUUAGGAACAAAAAUCUUAUCCCCAAUACAUCGAAUGUGGCACAUAGCGCCCACAUGGAUAUCUUCCAGAAUUUGGCUGUUGAUCUAGAUACCGAAGGACGUUAUCUAUUUUUGAAUGCCAUUGCCAAUCAAUUGCGUUAUCCCAACAGUCAUACCCAUUACUUUAGCUGUGCUGUUUUACAUCUAUUCGCCGAAGCGAAUUCCGAAGCAAUACAGGAACAAAUCACCCGUGUACUGUUGGAACGUGUCAUUGUUAGUCGUCCACAUCCAUGGGGUCUUUUGAUAACAUUCAUUGAAUUAAUUAAGAAUCCCAUUUAUAAAUUCUGGGAACAUGAUUUCGUUCACUGUGCUCCGGAAAUAUCAAAACUAUUUGAAUCAGUUGCACGUUCAUGCAUGGUUAAAUCCAAUCAUCCCCAACAAAUGAACAACAUGGUGGAUGAACAAACAGAAUGGCAUAUAGAACGAUAACUAACCACAAGAAAUACUAGAACAACAG